GUAAAACAUGGGUUGUACUUGAAGGGUAAAACGAACACGACAAAAGUUUAUUUUUUACCUUAAAAUUCCACGCUGUUAAAAUAUGACACAGAAGGUGAAACAAGUUGUAUUUUCAUUAAAUAUAUACUGGAUAUAAUUUUAAAAUUACGUCUUGAUCACGUGACAAGGAGCCGAGGUUUAACGGGCAGCAAGAUGGCGAGCGACGGGACACGCACCGCGUCGGACUCGGUGCAGUGUCCAGUUUGUUUUCAAGACUUCAACUGCGACGCUAUUAAUGAACACCUCGACGUUUGUUUGCUGAAGAGCGACGCCCACAACGGUCGCUUGUCGACGGACUCCGACGCUGGACCCCCGCUGAAGAAGUUUUGUUCCGAAGCAGACCCUAAGCCCCAAAACAUGGCGUCCUCUGUCCCGCAUGGAGUUUUGUCCAUGUUUUACGACAAGAGGAAAAGUUCAGUUCCAAAUGACACACAUAAUACCCCGUUCUCUAACAAACAGCUUGGUGGAGGCGCGGUCAACAAAGGAGUUAAGCGUACUUUUGUGGCCGAGACCGAACCCGGAAGCUCCGGGAUGCCGCAAAAGAAUGGCGGACAGACUUUGAACGCUACAGGUACUUUGUGCCUACAGACUUUGCUAACGUCAACCAAACCACUGGCGGAGAUGCUGAGGCCGAACACGCUGGAGGACUAUUUUGGUCAGAGUAAAGUUGUCGGCGAACAAACGCUGCUGCGGUCCCUGCUGGACUGCCAGGAAAUACCCUCGCUCAUCCUCUGGGGACCACCGGGAUGUGGAAAGACCACCCUGGCUCACAUCAUCGCCAGCAACAGCAAGAAGAAGGGCACGGCCCGCUUCGUGAGGCUCUCGGCCACCAGCGCGUCCACGGCCGACGUGCGCGAGGUCAUCAAACAGGCGCAGAACGAGCUGCGGCUGUGCAAGCGCCGCACCAUCCUCUUCAUCGACGAAAUCCACCGCUUCAACAAAUCCCAACAGGACACGUUCCUUCCCCACGUGGAGUGCGGCACAAUCACUCUGAUUGGCGCCACCACCGAGAAUCCGUCCUUCCAGGUGAACUCCGCUCUGCUGAGCCGCUGCAGAGUGCUCGUCCUCGAGAAGCUCUCGGUCGAGGCGAUGGGCUCGAUCUUGGACCGGGCGGCGGCGGCGCUGGGGAUCGCCGUGCUGGAACGGGAUCAAGGCAAUCCCGAACGGAUGGAGCGCCGAUCUGACAGAAACCAGCCAAGAGUUUACAUCGAACAAAAAGCCCUGGACACAAUCGCCUACCUGUGCGACGGCGACGCCCGGACCGGGCUCAACAGUCUGCAACUUGCCGUCCAGGCGCAGGCCGGCUCGGCCCGAGCCGGCCCGGCGGGACCAAAUGGUUCCUCCGGGGAUAUUCUCGUGAAGGAAGAACACGUCAAGGAGGGUCUCCAGAGGUCUCAUAUUCUCUACGACAAAGCCGGCGAAGAGCAUUUCAACUGCAUCUCAGCGUUGCACAAGUCCAUGAGAGGCUCCCACGAGAACGCCGCCCUCUACUGGCUGGGCCGCAUGCUGGAAGGCGGCGAGGAUCCGCUGUACGUGGCCCGUAGGCUGGUCCGCUUCGCCAGCGAGGACGUGGGUCUGGCAGAUCCCUUGGCUCUUCCUCAAGCCGUGUCCACUUUCCAGGCCUGUCACUUGAUUGGGAUGCCUGAAUGUGAGGUGAUCUUGGCUCAGUGUGUGGUGUACCUCUCCCGAGCGGCCAAGUCCGUGGACGUGUACAAGGCCUACAAAAACGUAAAGGCCUGUUUGAGGAACCACAAGGGCCCCCUGCCCCCCGUUCCGCUCCACCUGCGCAACGCGCCCACCCGCCUGAUGAAGCAGCUCGGCUACGCCGAGGGUUACAAGUACAAUCCGGCCUUCAGCGCCCCCGUGGAGCAGCAGUACCUGCCCGACGGUCUCCAGGGUGUCGACUUCUUCACCUGGACGCCGUCGGAAUGGGGAUGAAAGAGGCCAUACGGCUAAAGAGGGGUUGCUCCAGCCUCGUCCGACCACGGAUGUGCCAUCUCUGCCUUGACAGUUCAGGGGACCCCCGGAAUUACCCUACAACACGACAGGCGAUAUCACAGCCCAGCAUUUUUUUUUUUGUAUCACGUAACACCCCCAUUAAAACUUAACAU